UUUUCUGUUCCGGCCGCUAACUGUUGUAAAAGCCGAAUCGCCCACGGGUCGCACUAGUUUGACAACUUGUGUUUCAGUUGUAAAACUGGAUUGUACUGUCUAGUGGUCCUCGGUGAAUCGUCUUGAAGCGAUAUUCGACUAAAGGAGCUAAGAUGGAGAUUGGCAUUUUAAGCACUUCUGGAGGAAAACAGCUGGCAACUCUUACGGUUGACCCAAAUUCAACAUUGAAGGAAUUGAAAACUCAAAUUCAUCGUCUUAAAUCUCACCUCUACCCUGACAGACAGGAGUUCCGCCAGGAACCACGGGGUAAAGGGCUUGAUGAGAACAAGACAGUUGCAGCACUUGGUUUGAAGGAUCACAGCAAAUUAUAUCUAAAAGAUCUGGGACCUCAAAUUGCAUGGAAAACAGUUUUUCUGACUGAAUAUGCUGGUCCUCUUUUUGUGUAUGCAUGGAUUUACCAGAGACCUUGGCUGUUUUAUGGAGAAGGAGCAUCUAACCAACCCAUGAGCCAAGUUGCACACAUUGCAGCUUGUUGUUGGGUGAUUCACUAUGCUAAACGCAUCUUGGAAACCUUGUUCGUUCAUCGCUUCUCUCAUGCAACCAUGCCAGUGCGUAACUUAUUUCGCAAUUGUGCUUACUACUGGAUCUUUUCUGCCUACGUUGCAUACCACGUCAAUCAUCCACUAUACACUGCCCCCUGUCAAAUGCAGAGCUACAUCGCUCUUGGAUUUUGGACGAUUUGCGAGCUCGGCAACUUUAGCAUUCACUGGGCUUUACGCAAUCUUCGACCUCCUGGUUCUAAAGAGCGUCGCAUUCCCCGUCCAACCAAGGACCCACUCACUCUCUUGUUUAAUUUGGUAUCAUGCCCCAACUACACUUAUGAAGUCGGUGGUUGGGUCGCUUUCACUAUCAUGACACAGUGUUUGCCAGCCGGCCUGUUUGCCUUCGCCGGGUUCUACCAGAUGGCUGUUUGGGCCAUUGGGAAACAUCGAGCCUACAAAAAAGACUUUAAAGAUUACCCCCGUGGCCGCAAGGCUAUCAUUCCAUUUGUGUUCUAAGACACCCAGUUUCUGCUGCCGGAUGGGCAGUUGGGCACAUGAGAGUAGUGUGAGGCUGUUUUUCGGUUCCUGAAGAAAAAACUGCUCUAGAAAAUUUUCACCAAUGCUCAAUAAGCCUCGAUGUUUUUCUCUCUUUAAAUUUAAUUUACUUUUGAUUUUUUUUUCUCCUUACUAUUUUUGUUUAGUUGUUGAGUUUUUCAAGUUACUUUUUGAAAUCAUCAGGUUGUCUGAUCCUAAAUUUUCUUUUUACUUUCGAGGUCUGAUAUUGUUGCUACACUUAUUCUUUCUAGAAGUGUUAUAUCUCCCACUCUCUUGGCCAGCCUGUCUGUUAAGUUGCCUCUUCUCAAAAGGAGCGAUUUGUAAUUCAAAACAAGGUGUACGUGUAGGAAUCCAUCAUCUUUGGCUCGCUCAUCCGUUAUAUAGUUUCGUCGCCGUUUC